AUGGUUUCUGCUGCUGCUGCUGCUGCUGCUGCUGCUGCUGCUGUGCUGCAGCUAUACGCGCCAGUAGAAGGUGCGCCUUCGUCUUCUUUUCAUCGGUGCAUUUAUUUAUUUUGUUGUUUCUCAUGCGGCUCGAAUCUCCGUGCGCUGUCUGUACACCUCGCUCGAGACAAUGAAGAAUACCCUUACUCUGCACUUUCUACUUUCUUCCCGACUAAGAAGGCCUUUUGGGGUCUCUGGCAGCAGCAGCAGCAGCAGCAGCAGCAGCAGCAGUGCAUGCAGGAGGGCAAAGAUAGGGAGAAGAAAGAAAGCAGCAGCAGCAGCAGUACAGACGCGUCUCCAUGUGCAUCAGCAGCAGAAAGCCCGCAGCAGCAGCGACAGCAGCAGCAGCAGCUGCUGCAGCAGCAAGUAAUUAGUGAAGAUACUCAGAUAGAAGUUAUAAAGAAGCUGCAGCGAGGAGAAAAACUACGUCAGCUUUGCUGCUGCCCUAUGUGCGGCUUAGCUGGAGGGGAGACAGUUGGAGACACUGAGCUUGCUGCUGCUGCUGCGCUACUGCAGCAGCAGCUGCGGCGCGAAGAGCGGAGACUGCAAGUGCUGCUGCAGCAGCAGCGCCAGGAGAUAGAAGCAGCAGCAGCAGAAGAGGAGACAGACACUGCAGCACUUCAGGACUUGGAUAAUACAGAAUUUGAAUAUGAAGAUACGGAGACAGAUCAGAGGGGUCUCCUCGCCUUAGAUGCAAUGCACAUACAAGCUGCUCGCGUAUUGCAUGCGCGCUGCUUGAAGCGGCUGAAGUUUGGGUCUGUUUUGGUGUCUCUUCCUGAGUUUCCUCUGGCUGCGGAGACAGAAGAAUUGAGGUGUACAGGCACCUCAGCUGCGGAGACACUAGAAGCUGCACUCUGCAGGCUUGGCAUUCAAGGAGACAGCAGCAAACAGCUCUCGCAUGAAGAAGAACUCUUACAAAAAUAUCAGCAAACUAUCAAGGAGACACCAGUUGUUGCUGCUGCUGCUGCAGGUGCUGCUGUUGCAGUUGUUGCUGCUGCAGCAAGCGAUACUGUUGUAGGUGCUGCUGCAGCAGGUGCUGCUGCUGCAGGUGCUGCUGCAGCAGGUGCUGCUGUCGCAGGUGUUGCUGCUGUAGGUGUUGUUGCUGUGCAGCCGCAGCUGCUAUCUCAGCUGUCUGAGCAGCUGGGAUCGAGCGAUCCCGCUGCAGUUGCUGCGUUAGAGCGGCUGUCUUUCGGUUUAAUAGCUGUUUACACCUGUUCUGCACACUGCAGCGCAGUGUCUCCUCAGCUGUCUCCUCAGCUGUCUCCUUAUAGAGAAGAGUUUGUAUACGUACAGCCGGACCCCUUCUACGGCUGA